AUGUCUUCGAAGGCUGUUUACGAAGAAUCUGCUAAGCUGCUUAUAUACAACUCGAUAUGCUACUCUAAGUUAGCGAAAAAUCCACUUCGCGUAGUUAAAGUGGGUGAUGAUGUUAGUCUAGUGACAGAUGAAUGGAUAUUACUUAAUGAUCUUGUCAGUAAGCCCGAUGUCCUCAUAAAACGCAGGGGAAAAUUGGGACUAGUUUUUGCAGGCUUCCAUUGGGCGGAUUUACAGGGGAAAAUAAAUAGUUUGUUGGCGAGCAAAUUCACGAUCGGUUCUACCAGUGGAAUUCUCGAUCGCUUCCUUAUUGAACCAUUUGUACCACAUGAACAGCAAGAAGAGUACUAUCUGUGUAUGUACACUCAAAGGAAUUCAAAUGUUAUCCUUUUUCAUCAUGCCGGUGGAGUAGAUGUGGGUGAAGUAGAUUCUAAGGCUAAACGUUUUGAGGUUUCAGUUGAAGAUAUUAUGAAAUCUGGUUCUGGAAUGAAAGCUGGUUGUUCCGCCGACCAAUUAUUACAGAGUUCACUGCUUUCAGGAGUAAAAUGUCCGAAGCGUGCAAGGAUGCUAGCUGAUUUCAUCGUUGAAUUGCAUUCAGUUUUUGACAAAUUAUACUUCACCUAUUUAGAAAUCAAUCCAUUAGUUAUUUGUAAAUGGAAUAUGAAUGCAAACAAACUUAAUGAUUGUAAUGGUAGCAGUUAUCAUAUCAUUAACGAUAAUGAACUACAGGAUGUAGAUCAUGAUACCAACGAACAGUUAUAUAUUCAUAUAUUGGAUGUUGCUGCCAAAUUGGAUCAGUGUGCAGAACAUUUGUUCACUUCAAGUUUGGAAUGGUCAGUGAAUGGAGAAAUGUUGAAAUUUCCUUUUGGUUUUGGUAAAACUGAAACUAAGGAGGAAGCGUACAUCGCAAAGUUGGAUGCUCGAACAGGUGCUUCAUUAAAGCUUACUAUACUUAAUCCAAAUGGUCGUAUAUGGACAAUGAGUGCAGGUGGUGGAGCUUCAGUAAUUUAUGCUGAUACAGUUUGUGAAUUAGCUGAAAAAGUCAAAGCAGCCGGCGGUACAAGUCAAGGUGUAAAAGAUUUAGCAAAUUAUGGUGAAUAUUCUGGAGCACCAUCAGAAGAAUUAACUUAUGAAUAUUCAAAAACAAUUCUAAAUUUGAUGACUACUGGAGAACUACAUCCAGAUGGUAAAGUUUUACUAAUCGGUGGGGGAAUUGCGAAUUUCACAAAUAUUGCUGCUACAUUUAAAGGUCUUCGUGUAAUGCGUGAAUUGGGUCGUACUAUCGAUAUUCCAAUUUAUGUAUUUGGACCUGAAACUCAUAUGACUGCUAUCGUAUCAAUGGCAUUUGGUUUACGUCAAAUACCUCCACCUAAAGUAGAUCAUAUUCAGUCAUCUGCAGAUACUCUAUCAUUGUACAGUUACAGUGGUUCUGGCUGUGAACAUAAAAAUUCAGAAAAAUCAACACCAGUUGUAACCAAUCAAACUCGCAAGGUUUCUGAACUCUCUUCUACUAUCACUACUGCUACUACUACUACUACUACUACUACUACUACCAAUGGUAAUAAUCAUGAAACUAUUUAUGAAGAACCGCUUUUUACAGUGAAAACAAAGUGUUUAAUAUGGGGUUUACAAGUGAAAGCUGUUCAAUCUAUGUUAGAUUUCGAUUAUGCUUCCGGUCGUGAAAGUCCAAGUGUAGCAGCUCUGAUUUAUCCUUUCAACGACGAUCAUCAAUUAAAAUUUUAUUGGGGUGCAAAAGAAUUAUUUCUACCAGUUUAUAAGUAUAUGUUGAAUGCAAUGCACAAGCAUCCAGAUGCACGUGUAUUAGUGAAUUUCGCUUCAUUACGAGUUGCGUAUGAUAUAUGCAUGGAAGCUAUGGAAGUGGAUUGUAUAGUUUCAUCUAAUUAUAAAGAGAAUGGAAUAUCGAAUGAACACAAUAAUACAUCUAUUCAUAACAAUAUUAAUAAUAAUGGUUUAUCAGUAAACGAGGCACAGAUCAAGUGUAUCGCUAUUAUAGCUGAAGGUAUACCAGAAAAUAUGACACGUCGUUUAAUACAACGAUCCAAAGAAAGAAAUAUUCUAUUGAUUGGUCCAGCAACUGUAGGUGGCUUAAAAUCUGGCUGCUUCAAAAUCGGUAAUACAGGCGGAAUGACAGACAAUAUACUGGCAUCAAAACUUUAUCGACCUGGAAGUGUUGCUUAUGUAUCACGUUCUGGUGGAAUGUCCAAUGAAUUGAAUAAUAUUAUUUCAAUGAAUUCUGAUGGUGUUUAUGAAGGUGUCGCGAUUGGUGGUGAUCGUUUUCCUGGUUCAACAUUUAUUGAUCAUAUUCUACGUUAUGAAAAUAAUCCAGAAGUCGGUAUGAUUGUUGUCUUGGGUGAAGUUGGUGGUAUAGAAGAAUAUGCAAUAAUUGAAGCGGUUAAAUUGGGCAAGAUAAAAAAACCAAUUGUAGCCUGGUGUAUAGGAUCCUGCGGUGAAUUAUUAAGCGCUGCAGCUAAUUCGAAUAAUAAUACAGACAGUAAUAAUAUUACUAGUGGUUCAAUUCAAUUUGGUCAUGCUGGUGCAUGUGCUAAUUCUUUACAAGAAACAGCUACAGCGAAAAAUCAUGCAUUGGCUAGUGUUGGUAUAUAUGUUCCAGAAUCAUUUGAUGAAUUAGAUCUCUUAAUUAGACGUGUUUUUGAUGAACUUGUAAGAAGUGGUCAGUUAAUCCCGAAAACUGAUCAUCCACCUCGUACUGUUCCAAUGGAUUAUGAAUGGGCCAAGGAAUUAGGUCUAAUUCGUCGACCAGUUUCGUUUACAUCAACAAUAUGUGACGAUAGAGGCGAAGAGUUAUUGUAUGCUGGAAUGCCAAUUAGUCAUGUGAUUGAACAAGAUUUAGGCAUAGGUGGUGUUCUUGGCUUAUUAUGGUUCAAAAGAAGAUUACCUGAAUAUGCAACAAAAUUUUUAGAAUUAUGUCUUAUCAUAACAGCGGAUCAUGGUCCAGCUGUAUCCGGUGCACAUAAUACAAUAGUGGCAACACGUGCUGGUAAAGAUCUCAUCUCUAGUCUUGUAUCUGGACUUUUAACAAUUGGUGAUAGAUUUGGUGGUGCAUUGGAUGCUGCAGCGCGUCAGUUUUCACAAGCUUAUGAUGCCGGCUUAACACCUAUUCAGUUUGUUAAUCAAGAACGUCAAGCAUCACGUCUUAUCAUGGGUAUUGGACAUCGGAUUAAAUCUAUAACUAAUCCAGAUAAACGUGUUCAGUUACUGUCCAAUUAUGUACAUGAACAUUUUGUAGCAACUCCAGUUGUUGACUAUGCACUCGAAGUUGAAAAAGUUACCACUAAUAAGCGUCCCAAUUUAAUAUUAAAUGUUGAUGGUAUGAUUGGUGUAGCAAUGGUAGAUUUGUUAAGAAGCUCCGGUCAUUUCACACAAGAAGAAGCCGAAGAGUAUAUUACCAUUGGAACAUUGAAUGGCUUGUUUGUUUUGGGUCGAUCAAUCGGGUUUAUUGGUCAUUACCUGGAUCAGAAACGUUUACAUCAAGGCUUGUAUCGUCAUCCAUGGGAAGAUAUUUCAUACAUGUUACCAAAACAUCCAUAA